GUCAGUAUAUAAAGAGGAUGUUGUGCGUAGUCAGGAUCCAGUGUAUCAGCAUGGAGAAGGCUGUGUGGCUGCUGUGUGUCCUGUUUCUGCAGGUCUGUCUGCUCUCCACCACAGCCCUCCCUGGACAAGACAGACGGACAGCAGCUUUUCAAACCAACCAAGCCAUGGGAGGCUCUUCCCCAUUCCUCCCAGGACCUCCACGUCAGGUAGACAUGAAGCCACUGGUUGUGCAGCUCAGAGCAAAGAGACAUGAGGAGGGGUUCCCCGACCGAAACAGGGUAGGGGGGUGCGGCGGCCAGCUUCCAGGGAGUUGUUCAGUGAUGUCAGUCCUGAAGAAUGCUGUUGGACCUCCACCGCCACCCGAGAGUUCCAGGACUAAGAGGCAUGAGAGUACCAAGGGCAGACGCAAAAGACCCUAUCGUCCUGGAGCCUUGGCUGCAUUUUCCGAACUAGCUGUUCCUCCUUACAGAUCCUCAGCAUAGAAGAAGACGGUACUGAGACACAGGACAGGCCAUGGAGAGAAACCCACCGCAUGAAACUUGCUUUAUUUUGGGUCAUAAGUCAAAUAAGCAUGAAAAAAAACAUGUGGUAUCGACAGUAAAACACUCAGUCCUGCUUUAUUUGAAGUGCAUCUUGAGAAAGCUUUUAAAAAAAACAUAUAGGUUUCAUAAGCACUGCAUAUAAAGGUCACAAAUAAUCUGUAACUCAUUUCAUGCUCUAUAAAAUAUUUCCAAAUGUGAUUUCUAAAUGUGAACAAAUAAAUGCAUGGUUAUGUCACACAGUUAUGCCACAUUAUGAAUCUUUAUAGAGCAAGAUAUAAGGUUAUAGAUGAUAUGUGAAGCAUCUAUGUGGGGCUUUAUGAAGCCUUCAUAAGAUGCAUUUCAAAUAAAGCGGGACUAAACUUUCAUUUACUUUUUUUUCAGUUUUCCAGCAAUGGAAUUAUAAAUAAAACUCUACCGCGCUAUGGA